UGAAUCCACUGAGAAGGGGCCUGCACAGCGAACGCCAUGAGCAUCUCAGCUCUUGGAGGCACCACCAAAGGGAAGCCUCUCCCACCAGGCGAGGCGGAGCGUAAUAAUGUCCUCAAGCAGAUGAAGGUUCGAACCACGCUGAAGGGGGACAAGAGUUGGAUCACCAAGCAGGAUGAUUCGGAGGGCCGCACCCUAGAGCUGCCCUCAGGCCGGAGUCGUGCCACAUCCUUUUCCUCACCUGGGGAGGUACCUAAGGCCAGGCCCCCGAGCACAAGGGCUCCCACUGGCUACAUCAUCCGGGGAGUGUUCACCAAGCCCGUAGACAGCUCAUCCCAGCCCCAGCAGCACUUCCCCAAAGCCAACGGAGCUCCAAAAAGCGCUGCCAGUCUGCUGAAAGCAGCCCCUGCUGGGCCUCCCCGCCCCUCCUUCUUGGGCUACAAGAUGACUACAGAAGAUUACAAGAAGCUGGCACCCUACAACGUCAGGUGCAGCUCAGCAUCAGGAGCUUCUGAAGAGGAGGUGCCCGUCUCUUCUGAUGAGCAGAAACGGAGGUCAGAAGCUGCAAGCAGCGUGCUGAGGAAGACGGUCCCCCGUGAGCACUCCUAUGUCCUAUCAGCAGCCAAGAAGAGCAGCAGCCCUGCCCAGGAGACACAGGCCCCAUUCAUUGCGAAGAGGGUGGAGGUGGUGAAUGAGGAUGUGCCUUCCGAGAAAAGCCAGGACCCACCUGCUCUGGAAAGAUCCCCUCCCAGCUUCAGCAGCACGGACAGAGGCAGAGCCCAAGCAUCUCGGGUGAUGUGGACAGAGCGCAUGUCCAGCCCCGCCAGGACUUGGGAGCCCAGCCCAAGAGGUGAGGAGACUGUCCGCCUGCAGAUCAUGACGCCUGGGGCAGGACUCCGCCUGGUGGCCCCAGACCUGGGAGGAAUGAGGUCUUCCCCAGGUGCCAAAAACAAAGAGGCCCCCAACACCAGAGAGCCCAAGAGAGACUUGACUGGUGAAGGGGACUUCAAGGGCCCUGAUCAAGACUCUGACAGAUCAAGUGCACAGUCAAGUGCUGGCCACGUGGGAGCUGGAGCCACAGGCUCCCCACCUGAAGGCUUGGCUGGAGCAGACAUCAGCUCUGGGAGAGGAGGGCUGUGCUCAGCUGCUGGCUUCAGCCCUGUCCUGGAUGAUCAGGAGGUAGACAGUGCCAACUUGCAGCCUCGCAAGCCUGGACCAGCGGCCACCAGUUCUGGCGCCACAUUGGCCUCUGCUGUCCUGGCUGGCAGGAAGAGCAACAGCCCAGCAGACCUGGAGGACAUGGAGACAGACCUGAAGGGCUCCUUGGCAGGUUUUGAGGAGAAGAAUGUGGUCACCAAGGUGGUAGAGGCCUGGCAGGGGAGGCCUGGAGCCCUGAGAGAUGGCCAGGGAGAAGCAGCUGCACCCACCCAGCCAUCUGCAGACCCCAGCACCCCAGAGCAGCAGAGCAGCCCUGGAAAACCUGCACAGCUCCUGGAACUGGACAGCCAAGCCAGCAGCUCCUUGGCAGGUUUUGAGGAGAAGAAUGUGGUCACCAAGGUGGUAGAGGCCUGGCAGGGGAGGCCUGGAGCCCUGAGAGAUGGCCAGGGAGAAGCAGCUGCACCCACCCAGCCAUCUGCAGACCCCAGCACCCCAGAGCAGCAGAGCAGCCCUGGAAAACCUGCACAGCUCCUGGAACUGGACAGCCAAGCCAGCAGGGUGAGAAACCCCUCAAGCUGUAUGGUCACUGUUGCCACCACUGCCACCUCUGAGCAGCCUGAUGUUUACAUCCCAGCGUCUCCAAGUGAAUUGGACUCCAAGUCAACCAGCAAAGGGAUUGUCUGCGUGAAAGAGUACAUGAAUGCUGGGGAGCGCUCUUCUGGGACGCUGCUGUCUUCACUCUACAACAGCGUUGGCAGCAUUGAGGACUCAUGCAACAUGGAGAAGAAACUCCCGUCUGAGAGAACAACUGGUGGGAUCUGUACUUACUGCAACCGGGAGAUCGGAGACUCUCCAAAGAUUACCCUAGAACAUCUUGGCAUCUGCUGCCAUGACUACUGUUUUAAGUGUGGGAUUUGCAGUAAACCGAUGGGUGAGCUUCUGGAUCAGAUCUUCAUUCACCGUGACACCAUUCACUGUGGGAAAUGCUAUGAGAAGCUCUUCUAGGCUGAGAAGAAGCUGAUGACUCCUGGACAGUUACUCCGAGUAGCUGGCUCUUCUUCCGUCACUUCCCCCUCCUCCACUUGAUUUCUCCAUGCUUUUGUCCUUCUUGAGUUGAACUUGCUUACAUCCAGUAGCAUAUCUUAAUGAUGCUAUGAUAAUUACUUGUGCGUAUAGCUUUUUAUAGCUUAGAAAGCACUUCGCACCCAUGAUCUUGCUUCAGGCUCAAGCAAAGAAUUCCAUCUUGGCUUCCCUAGGACACGGUGGCUUCCUGAUGAGUUGAGGUGGCGUGACAUGAUAGGCCUGUGCAGGAGCAUGGGGUUCAGUGUGUCCUGACUCUUGGGACAGAGAACAGAUCACAUUCUGGUUCACAGUUCUGAGUGUACCUUUGGGACUUAAGAGCAGUAGGAGACACCCUGAAGCUUCUGAAGGGCCAGGCUGAAGACUGUUGACGAUCCCUGGUGGGUAAAUUAUAGACAUUGACUGCUAGGGAUUGACAUAGGCUAAUGUUUAGCUUGUUUAUUUUUUAAACUUUCCAUAUACUUUUAUGGGUAGCUAGCUGCUUUUCAUUGAGUUAUAUGGCAGGUUUUAAUUACCUCCUCCUACCUAGCUUUCAGUACAGUUGACUUUUUUCCUACAGGCAUGUGGGCAUAUAUUAGAAAGUUUGCACAUUAGGUUUAAAUUCUAUAGAUGUGAUUCUUAGGUGGCUGCUGACCAAAGGGACAUCUGUGGCUGAAUCUUGACAGCUAAUUAGUACCUUUGCCCUCAAUUUCCUAUCCCUAAGCUUUAUACAGAAAUCUCCUAAAGUAGAUUUUAGGAUGUAUAGAGUCCACCAGGAUCAAGAAGGGAGAAAAUUAGCUAAUGUUUCUUGAGGCCUUACUACAUAACCAGGCAUUAUCACAAAGUGAUGACAUUAAUCUGCAUACUAAUUUUGUGCAGAGGCUGUUCGUGUCCCCAUUUGGCAGGUGAGGAUGUUGAGGCUCAGAGAGGUGAUCACUGCAUUGUAUAGAGCCAUUGCUGUCUCUCUCCAGAGCCCAUGCACUCUCCAGCAACAGUAACCACAGUUAUGAGCAUUGAUUGAGUGCCGAGUAUAUGCCAAGCACUGUGUGGAGGUUACAUAAUCCUCCCAGGAACACUGCCCUCCUCAGGCCUUCCCUGAGGCCCACUUUUACAAAGAGGAGAAGGUGCGAAAUUGCAGGGCAUCCUGGGUCCCCAUAAAAUACUACAAGUGUCAGCCCCCCCACCUCUCUUUUCCGUGAAAAUGCUUCUGAAAUAAAUUGCUCUCUGCUGGGAAGAGAUUUGACUCAUAGACCUUCCCAAAGAGGAGCUUGUCAGCCCAUGGAAAGCUCCAGUGGGCUAGCUGAUUGGAGCACAUAGCCUUAAAUGGCCUCCUGUUUUCCAGUCUAGACUCUGUCACAAGCUACUGGCAACCUCUGGGGCCCCAGGUACUUGAAACAGAAAAACCUGUUGGCCAGCUGGACAGAUGUAGGCCCAUUCAUGCAGUCAGCUGAUGCUCUGCUCAGGUUCAUCUGGGCUCCUCUGCCUUUGGGACCAGCAUCACUGUGUAAGUUUUUCUCAGAAGAAACUGAGAGUUUUUGUGAUGAAACAUGAGGGCCUUUUGUCUUGAUUUAAUUAGAAGAUGUCUCUCCUUCUCUCUCCAGUUUCUGAGUCCUAUGCAAUUAAUUGGCUGGUGGCUUCUUCUUGCCAAAUGAUCAGAGAGGAACAUUCCAUGUAUUUGCCUAGAUGUGCAUCAGAGUUUCUGUGGAGAGGAAAAGUGGUACAAUAUGCAACGUGCCAACACUAAAUAUGAGCUGGUCUUCCUCAAGACUAGCCCUCAGCGUGGGACUUGGCACAUGGUAGGGACUGAUGCAUACAUGCUGAGUGAAUGAGUGAAAGGGAAAGAAAGGUAGCUCCUUUGGGUGGGAGGUGCCUUCCAUGAGUGCCUACCUGAUGGAGUGCAGGAUAAAGAGGUCCAAGAUAGGCUGGCUUCCCCACCUUCAAGAUACAUUCUACCUUUGAGGGACUUUUAGACCCAAUAUGCAAGAUACUGAUUUCAAUCCAAAACAACCUCUUUCAUGUUUAAGAAAGCACAGAAUUCUGUAGACUUAAGGAAAAGAGGUGGUUGCAUUACAUGUUUGCUGCUUUUUAAUCGCCUAUCAUUUAAAAUCAGCCUUGCUUAACCCACAUUAAUGU